ACAACAUUUAAUUUACAUUAUUUAUUUUUCUCAAAAUAAACAUAUAACAAAUUUAGAAAUAGAAAAUGUUUAAAGGAAACAAAGUAGAGUACACAAGGUUUGUCUCUUCUGAUGAGGAAAAGAAGAAGGAGGUCCCUAAAUUAAUGAAAGAGCUUAUGACAAAUAUCAAUUGGGACUCCGUUGGUCCUAGUCGCUCUAGUGUGUUAGGGACUCCUAAAGUAUUUGAAAGGGAAUUGUUCAAAAGCGUAAUGUCAGGAAAUGUGAAUCAAGUGAAAAACAUUUUAAGGAGCCAACCACAACUCAGUGUAAAUUGUGUCAACUACCAAGGAUAUUCACCUCUGCACUUGGCUCUGAAAAACAACGAUAAGUCAAUGAUAGAUUAUUUACUGAAGAGAAAAGAUAUUGAUGUGAUGGACUGUGCCCUUCAUGCAAUACAACUAGAAAUGCCCUUGUACUUGCAGUUAAUAUUUCAGAAAAUGGUUGAAAAAAACAAUAAUCCAGAAAUUGAGAAAUUACCUUACACCGGUUCUAUUGAUUUCCCUGGUUAUAUGACACCCAUGAUGCUUGCAGCACAAUGUGGAAAUUCUGAAAUAAUUGACAUAUUAAUUUCUCGUGGUCACCCCGAGAUACCUCGUCCUCACAAACACUCGUGUUCUUGUAAUGAUUGCCUGAUUGCACUGGAUGAAGAAGACCAUCUCAUCUCUACAUUUAAAACAUAUGACACUUACAAGGCUAUUUGUAAUCCUGUGUACAUCAACAGAUUAGCCAAUGAUCCUAUACUGAUGGUUUUUUAUUUAGCCGAUGAGUUGAUGGAAAUGGCAGAACAUAAAAGAGCAUUGCGCAGUAAAUAUGAGGAGUUGGCACAGAAUACUCAGACGUAUGCUGCUGACCUGAUAGGACUUUGCCGCACCUCAGAUGAAGUGAGAAUUAUAUUAAAUGAAAGAGAAGGUUCAAGACUAAAAGGCGACUUUCUAUUUCCUCGGUUGAUUUUAGCUGUGGAUUAUAAACAAAAGCUGUUUGUGGCUCAAACAAAUGUACAAGAGGUGUUAGAAGCAGCGUGGGUCGGAGACUGGUACGAGUGGAAGACCUAUACGAGCUUGAGACGAGUGUUUCAUGCAUUUGGUCGUAUGAUUAUGUUAAUCUGUCUCUACAUUUUCUGUAUAUUUCUUCCAAAGUCAACCCAAGCACAAUUUUACAGCAUUCCGGUAAACAGAAUGUUGAGUUCUGUAUCCUCGUACCUCAUAUUUCUUUGUUUAUUAUUUCUGGAAUCUCACAGAGAUAAGAAAGAUCAAACCAGAUAUGAUUUCCAAAAAAAUAUAAAAAUCAAGCUAUUUAUUUUUGUAUAUAUUUUAUCACACAUUCUUAAUUCUUUCCGUAUGUGGGCUUUGCAAGGUUCUGCACGGUUUUUUGCAUUUAAGUGGAAUAUAUAUGACUUGAUCACUGAGCUGUUGUUUGCAAUGACUGUGGCAUUUUGGAUCUCCGCCUACAUUACUCUGAGCACACUUCCUGAUCUUGAACGUAAAUAUUGGCACUAUCUCGAUCCACAAUUAUUGGCUGAAGGCCUUUUUUGUAUUGGAACCGUGAUGGCAUUCAUGAAACUAUUGCUGCUCAUACAAAUGAACUAUAUCUUAGGCCCCAUGCAGGUUUCUUUGGGGAAAAUGACUGUGGAUUUCUCAAGAUUCUUUGUCAUAUUUACUAUUGUGAUAGGAUCAUUCACGGCAGGCCUUUGUAGACUUUAUGACUAUUACGACGGCAUGAAGCAGAUUGACCCUGAAACAAAAUCUGAAAGUGAACAGGAAGGUUCUUUUGUUGGACCUUUGAGCACCUUUGACCUCCUAUUCUGGGGACUGUUUGGUAUGUCCUCACAAGAUGCAAGUGAUGUAGUAAUUGAAAAUUUACCAUCGGAAAAUGGAGAGCUAGAAAGUAUAAACACGCAUGAUUUUACACAAGCAGUUGGCUAUACCCUGUUCGGUGUGUAUACGGUUCUGACUGUGGUUGUUUUACUUAACAUGUUGAUUGCAGCAAUGUCCAACAGCUUUCAGGCAGUCACUGAAAAUGUUGAUGUUGAAUGGAUAUUUGGUCGAACUAAAGUGUAUUUGAUUUAUAUGUCACAAACUGUAUUGCCCCCUCCCCUCAUCUUCCCUGCUGGAGUUGGAGUUGGAGCUUGGUCAGCAGUAUUCACAAACGUUUUGCAGAAAUGGUUUCCUCAAAAAGAAUUGACUGAAGCUGAGGAACCUCCUCAGGAAGAUUUUAAUGAAGUGAUUAACAAGCUAAAAACGCGAUAUAUGAGCAUGAAAACAGUGGAGGAAUAAAUCAUUUGUGUAGUUAUUAAUGACUAUCCCAGAAACAUUUUAACAUCCUCUAACGGAUCAGCCUAAAAUGUCUAUACCUUCACCAAGUAACAUUUAAUGGUUUUAACACAUAACAUUUUUAUAAUGAUUUUAAUAAUAAGUUGACGUAAAUAAAAAUAAAUGUUGUUUACAACCAUACCAGUUUAGUGUAAAC